AUGGGGUUAAAAUUUGUAGCUCCUUCUAUUGUUAAUGGUGAUAGAAUAGCAAAACUUGAUAAAGUGGAGAUUGAGAAGCAGAGCGAAUGUUGGAUGAAUGCUUUAGUGGUGUAUGUGGUAGGACAAAACCCUACUCUAAACUCCAUUACUCAAUAUAUCAAUGCUCACUGGGUAUGUUCAGAUGAGCCAGUUAUUUUCAAGCAUGAUGAAGGAUUCUUCAUAGUGAGGCAUAAAUCUAGGGAGGAGAGGGAUAAGGUGCUUUACACUAGACCUCACUUAUUUUAUGGAAAACCAAUUAUUAUUAAGCAUUGGAGUGCGAAUUUCAACUUUCAUGAUGAGAUACUAAAAGUGGUGCCUAUAUGGACUAAGUUUCCUAACUUGCCUUUAAGCUGCUGGGGGGAGGACUCCUUAAGUAGAAUUGCUAGUUUGCUUGGGGUGCCAUUAUAUGAUGAUGAAUGUACAAGUAAAGGGCUACGUGUGUCAUAUGAUAGGGUGUUAAUUGAAAUAGAUGUCACUCAGGAGAUUCCUAGGGAAGUGGCAGUGGAGGAUCCUAAUGGAAAGAGGUUUCAGCAGAAAGUGUUGUUUGAUUGGUUACCACCCUUUUGCAAAAAAUGCCAAAUGGUGGGGCAUAACUGCAACAAGGCUACCAUGGUGGGUCCAAAGAUUACUCAGAAAUGGGUUCCUAAAAGAGAAGAAGCAGGCCCUGUUGCUGGAGGGGAUGUGGAAGGCAUGGAGAUCACAAGUGGACAUCUUGAGAAUGAGGUGAUUACACCAGUGGCUACCCCUGCUGGGUUUCAAGGUCAAGUUGAUGAAGAUGGUGGAGCUUGGAAAAUAGUGACAAGGAAGACAAAAGAUAAGGGUAAAGGAAUUCAAAGUUGA